AUGAUAUAUAACGGUACAGAUUCAGGAGUGGAACUCCAUCGGCACCAUUACAUGAUGACAUCAAGCUGUAAUGCUAGUGAACUAGAAUCACUCGCUUAUCCACCUGAGCGAUAUACAGGAUUUUGGUCCCGACAGACACCUGAAGGGGAAUUCCUGCCAUUAGAUCAAUGUGAGUUGGAUGUUGGAUUUGGAACUGGAGCUGACCAGCUGUUUUUAGUUUCUCCUUUAACCAUCUGUCAUGAAAUCAACCCCAAAAGCCCCUUUUUUUGUCUCUCUCAAAGAUCGCUAAGAAGUGAGCAGUUUGAGAUCGUUGUCAUCCUUGAAGGAAUUGUUGAAACUACUGGAAUGACGUGUCAGGCUAGGACCUCCUACACAGAAGAUGAAGUUCUUUGGGGCCACAGAUUCCUCCCAGUAAUGUCCCUAGAGGAUGGCUUUUUUCAUGUGGAUUACUCUCAGUUUCAUGCCACCUUUGAAGUCCCCACACCUCCUUAUAGUGUUAAAGAACAGGAGGAAAGCCUGUCUCUUCCAUCUCCUUUCAAUACUCCUAUUGGUAACAACCGAAACAGAAGGGAACACAUCUGCUCACUUGACUGUAUUGAUAUUUUAGAAGAGAAAACAAACAAGUUUCCUAGUAAACUGCAAAAAAUUAGCUCCAGAAAAGAAGGCCUUCAGAGAAGAGUCCUGAGAAUGAGUUCCAGCAAUGUAGAGAAAGCUUGCAGUACUGGAGAUCUCUUAAAAAUUCAGCAGAUAAGUUCUGUUCCCAGCAAUGAAGAUGGUGAUGAAAGGAUACAACUGAAGGCCUUCAGAAUCAAAUCUGAGUCUUUGACUCAGUCUACAGGAGAUCUUGAGUUACAGAAAAAGCCUCAAGGUAUGCUCACCUUAGGGACAAGAUUAGAGGAUAAUUUGCCUGCCAAACUUCGAAAAAUGAAUUCUGAUCGCCUUUCCUAAAUAACAGGACUGCAUUUUAGACUUCUGUCCUUCAGGAUUAUUUUGGAAUACUACUGUGAUAAUUUGGUUUUGCCAAGGGAUUCUUCAUAAAUAACAAUUUUCAAAAUUAAUUAGCAUUUUUCUAUAAUAUUCAGUACAAGUUAUGAUUUACGUAGCAUGGUAACUGUACAAGGUGCUAUACUGUAAGUUCACUGUGCCAAACAAACAAGUCCCCGCUUUAAAGAUGUGUUAUCAGCACUACUGUAACAGAUUGGUCGGUCUUCCACCCUUUCAGAAGUCUUUCUGAGAUAAAAGGGGCCAGAUUCUCAGCUAUGACUAAAGUGCACAUAGUGCAGGUUGGGUGGGGGAGGGUUCAAUGGCAGCAUAAAUCUCACCUUU